AUGGCAAGAGUUGGAAACGGUUUACAAAUUCCUUUAUCAUGGAUUCCAGUCAAAGAUGGUUUGCUUCCAAAGAAUGCUGUUAAAGCAGAUGAAUCAAUUUAUGUGGCUCGUUGUAGAAUAAAUGAUGAUUUAAUUUGUGGCAAAUUUUCAGAGAAAUAUGGAAAGGCAUAUUUUCCAGUUGACGGUAAAGAGUUGGAAGUCAUAGAUUAUGAAAUAUUAUGUAAUACUGGUAUUCCUGGUUGUCGUGAAGGAUUUGAAUGGAUAAUGAUGAAUGGAGGUGAUGUACCAGAAAAUGCAUUAGUCGCUGGAAUAAAUAAAGUCGGUACACCAUUGUACAUUGUAAAAGGACGAAUUCAAGGUGAAGUAUGCGUUGGAAAAUUAAUUCAAGGUGAAAGUUCAGGAUGUUUUCCAUGGAGUGGAGAUGAGCAUAAAUGUGAAUAUUAUGAAGUACUUGUUUUAAAAUAUUGA